CUCGCAUUGAACUAGUCUAUAAGCGCGAUGUUCUCUUUUAUUUUGGAAAUUACAUCUUAUUUUCCGCUUUGAGCAAUUAUAAGCUAUCAAUCGAGUGCUAGUGUACAAAUACCAUUUCAUAGUUCGCGUGCACUAUCUGCAAUUUGAUGCUGCAAGCGUGCUUCCCUCCAAAUGCGCACUAUUGUUGAUUUUUCGCGCUUUGUUGAUAAUAACUGCAAAGCGCUUCCAUAAACUACCAUAAUCGCCAUGCGGCCAAAGGAUCACCCGGACUUGCACUUGGAUGUGAUUCCCAAGAUGUUUGAUCCCCACUUUAAGGUGUUUGUAACGAGCCUGUGUCAUGUGCAAAAGCAGCUGGAAAAGCUGCCACGUCGGUUCUGCCGGAUGUUCACCACUGAUGCGCUGGCCACACAGCUGCUAAAGUACCUGAAAUCUCUCAAGGCGAAUAUUACGAAGCAGGACUUCAAUGUGGUGAAGGAGGGACAGCCCUUCCCGCUGCUCCUCAGCGAUGGAAAGCGCCUGGAAGCGAUGCUCUGCUCUGGCAGUCACCUGGGCCACAGCCUCAUCCUGCUCAUCCGGCGGCAGCAGGGCGGCAGACUGCUCUACUGCUACUCGGCCAUGAGGCUCGAUAAUCUUGGGCUUUUGCUAGGUAAUCCCAUCUUCAACUCGUGGAUCGCCGCGGGAACUGACCAGCUAUAUCUUAAUCUAUCGUCUGUAAAUAUGCCAUUCGCCCAUGUUGAUUUCGAUGAGAUGGCUAUUACCAUCAAGGAACAUGGAUCGAGGAAUAACAAUAGCGUGGUGCAUCUGGAUGUGCCGCUUUUUGGCUACGAGGAGUUGCUCUGGAAAUUGGCACAAACGCGCCUCCGAGGUCAUAUUCGACUACAUGAAAAGUUGGCAGAAAGCUAUAAGUGCCUCAGUUCCGAUUUGGAGUGCUUUCAUAAAAAUAACUAUAUUCCAAGGGUUUAUGUCUACGGUUCCCUGGAGGACGCUGAACAAAUGUAUGAGCCGAGAAAUGUAGUAUCCUUAGAAAUAAAAUAUCUUAAGUGGUCGCCGACACCGACGAGAAUGCAUCUUCGUCAGCUUUGCAGUUUGCUGCGACCCCAACACAUUCAGGGAAUUGUGCCCUUCCAAUCGGAUGGGGUAAUCCCGCCCAUUCCGCCAUUCCUGAAAAGAUUUAAGGCAAACUAUUCCCCGCAGACUGAGGCCGCGAUAUCAAGGAUUCAUCAUGUUCCCCCAAAAAAAGGGGAAAAACAAGGACCCUUCCGAUCUAUACAGGCGAGAAAGGCCUUUGAAUAUCUUAAUGACGGAGAUGAUAGCUGUGAUUCGGAUUAAAAUAGGUAUAUCUUUCUUAUUUAUUUACAAAGCAAUGAGCUUAAAGUUAAAAACUAAGUAAUUUUAAAUUAAAAAUAAAAUUAAAUUAAAUUUUCCCAAAGUUGUAACGGAAAUCUUAUAUCAAGUUCAUAAGUAUUAAAAAAAUAAUUGUCUACCAAUUGGUACAAUCGCAAAUAAUCUAUACUAAGGAGUUAAGGUUUUCGUUGUUUAAGAUUUUUCUUUCUGCGCUAAAUUUGAAUACUCGUAAACAUUAAAUUGAUUUUUUUUGUUGAUUUUUAAGUUUUUCACCCUGUUAA